AUGACCAACUUUGACGAGUUUCCUGUAUCACGCAACCGAUGUGAUGUACUGGGCAAUAUGUCAUCGCCAUUGCCCGAGGACGACAGUCACGAGAGGCCUGCCACGUCCGUAGAGCAUGUCCUGGUCAUCUGCCUCAUCUACGGUCCCAUUGUCCUGGUGACAGUGGCCGGCAAUGUCAUCGUCAUCGUCGCCUUUGUAUGCGAUCCCGCCAUACGUUGCCGGGUCUCCAACUUGUACAUCUUAAACCUCUCCGUAGCGGACCUCGUGAUCGGUUUGGUUUGCAUGGGAGUGAACUUCGUCUGGCUACUCACCGGUGUCUGGCCGCUGGGCAUGAUACCUUGUCUAAUCUACCUCGUGGUGGAUUUCGUUUCAUCUUACAUGUCAGUUCUGGCUGUUGUUUUAAUCAGCUUGGAUCGUUAUCGCCUGGUUACUCUCAAGCUUCGGUAUCUUUACGUCCAGACGCGACGCAGGGCAUUGGUCUCCAUCUCCUGUUGCUGGUGUUUCUGCUUGGUUUUCUAUCCAGGCCUCAUAAUUGGCUGGUCCCCCGUCACCGGGGAGCGUAACGUAGAUUACAACGUUAACUGUGACGUAGAGUUUUACGGGAACACGUACUUGAACGUGAUGUUGAUACUCUUCGAGUUCGUUAUACCGUUUACGGUUUUAAUAUACCUUAAUGGAAAGCUAUAUAUCGUUAUACGUAGACGAGCCAUGGGGUUCGUUUGGACUCACGGCCCUGAGAAAACAGUGCAGACAGUUUCGACGGGGGCAAUCGAGUUAUCCAUUUGGAGAGGAAGUCACUCCAAUGGACCCCGACUUGGAUUGCUCGACAACCUUGUCCAAGGGUCUGUAGAUUUAACACUGGUGUCAGUUGGUAGGUGUGCAGCUCCAACAGUGAAUGAGGCAACAGUACCGGAAAAGGCAGUUUCUACAUGCCGUGAGAAACGCCACAAUGAAGGCGGUGAGUCGACGACAUUUCACAGCCGUCCUAACAAGAACGAGUACUUGAGACACCGAAAGGCUGCCGUUACCCUGAGCCUGAUUGUUGGUGUUUACGCCCUCUGUUGGCUGCCGUUUUGCGUCAAGAAUAUCAUUGUGACUUUCUGUGGGCCCAUCGACAGAUACGCUGCAGAGGUUUUGGAUAACUUACUGUGGUGCAACAGCACUAUCAACCCUCUCCUUUAUGCCCUGUUAAGCCCAAGGUAUAGAAGGUUCUUCGUCAGUGUAUUCCGAAGGUUGUGCUGCUGCAGAUGUAGAAGUCAGUAA